AUGUUCAUAACUAUUUAUCUAUCGGAAUCUGUUCCUAUCUAUCUAUCUAUCUAUCUAUCUAUCUAUCUAUCUAUCUAUCUAUCAUAUGUUUGUUUCAUUUCUGCUUUUAUUCGUUCAUAUUUUUCAUUUGAUUUAAGCAUUUCUUUCUUUUUAUUUAUUAAUUCCUCUUGUUUCUUCUUAUUCAGUAAUUUUUCAUUCUUCCAUUAUUGUUUUUCUACUUCAUUUCUUCAAUUAUAUUUCUUUUUUAUUUUCCUUCUUUGCUUUUUUUCUCUCGACUUUGAUAUUUUUUUUCUCGGUCCAAAGUGUGAACGACUUCUUUUGAUGUUCUUAAAACACUUAGGCUUAUCCCUCCAUCUAUCUAAUAACGCCCAUCUAUCUAUCUAUCUAUCUAUCUAUCUAUCUAUCUAUCUAUCUAUCUAUCUAUCUAUCUAUUCUUUUCUGCCUGACUGUUGGCAUAUUAUAAGCCUAGUCAGUCAAACGCCAACGUCUUUCUUUCUCUCUUUCUCUCGUCUGACGAAAACGAAAUUCGUAAGUAAUUUCUCUCUCUCUCUCUCUCUCUCUCUCUCUUGUUUGCAUUCAUUUUUUUCUUUCUUUUUUUCUCUUUUUUAUUUUUUUGCAUACGCGUGCUCGUGCGCGCACACGCAUACUAUCUAUCUAUCUAUCUAUCUAUCUAUCUAUCUAUCUAUCUGUCUGUCUGUCUGUCUAUCUAUCUAUCUAUCUAUCUAG